UGGAAACUUUUUGGUUAGUAAAAAAACGCGGUGGAGAAGAUCCAUGAAAUGAGGGACAAUUUUCCGUUCUAUUCCAUUCCAACACGUACGGCGGAUCCGCCGCCCACUCAACCUCCUAUUUGCCGCGCCAAGCAUCCGGUCGACAGAAUUGAUUGAUGGAAGGUGAAAAAUCGUUAUUGACCGCGAUCAAGGCGACUUUGACCAAACCUUCAUGGGUCGUCUUCCUCUUCCUCCUCUUUGCUGCAGUAGCUUUAUUCGGAUUCCAGAUUCCCAAGCAGGACGAAAUUAUUUUCCCGCCGUCGCCGCCAUUGGGUUUCAUCUCCGGUGGGAUGGGGCCGGAGAGAAGGGGUGUCUUCAGCUGCUCCCAUUUCUUCUCCCCUGUGAACCCGCCGAGGAAGGUGGCCCGGUCGAUCGCCGACUUUGGCGGAGUUGGCGACGGGGCUACGUCGAAUACGGCGGCGUUCCGAAGGGCCAUGGAGUUUAUGGAGACUUUCCGUGAGAGGGGCGGGGCCCAGCUUAACGUUCCUCCGGGGCGCUGGCUGACGGGGAGCUUCAACCUCACCAGCAAUUUCACUCUCUUUCUUGAACGUGGAGCUCUCAUUUUGGGUUCCCAGGACCCAAAUGAAUGGCCUAUCAUUCAGGCAUUGCCAUCGUAUGGACGAGGAAGAGAAAGAUUGGGAGGGAGACAUAUUAGCCUCAUUCAUGGAAAUAGUCUUUCUGAUGUGGUAAUUACGGGGGAAAAUGGAACAAUCGAUGGGCAGGGAAAGAUGUGGUGGGACCUUUGGUGGAACAGGACACUGAAGAACACAAGAGGCCACCUUGUUGAACUGGUCAACUCAAAUAAUAUUCUCAUAUCUAAUCUCACUUUCCUCAACUCUCCAUUUUGGAAUGUUCAUCCUGUUUAUUGCAGGUGCUUUUAUUUUCUUACUUACUUUAUACUCCCCUUUGAAGUAUAAAUAGACUAUAACUCACCUUGCCUUGGUUUACUGGUUUCUACCUUUUCGCCUAAAUCCUAAACUAUAUUGUGCCAUACAAAUAAUUCUUAUUAAAUGCAAUUCUACAAAAAAAUAUUAACAUUCCACAAAACCUGUUUGUUUUUUAAGUAAUGUGGUGAUUAGAGACAUGACAAUCUUGGCUCCUCUCAACGCUCCGAACACGGAUGGCAUAGAUCCAGGUACUUUUCACAUUGAUAGAAUUCACAGGGGCAUGGCCACUCAGCUGGACUAUAAUUUACUUGAGCUAGAUCACCUAAAUUAUUAAAACCAAUGAAAUAUGAAAUAACCUGUCUAAUCCAAGAUUUUACAACUCAUAUGCCCCUCUUCAAU